AUGAAAGCAGGCGUCAGUUGGCCCGUUCAAGAAGAGACUAGUGAUCCUCUCGCAGCCUUCUUUCAGCCCGGUUCCAAACUCACGUGGCACUACAACUGGAACAAGCGGUGGGACAGCCAACUCCUCCCUCACACGUCGCCAAACCUGCAGCUCAAUGCAGAGUUUGUUCCCAUGAUCUUCGCACCACCAUAUCUCAACAAUGGCGUCCAAGUGCAGGACGACUGGCAGCUAAUGCUGGGUUACAAUGAACCAGAUCAUGCCAAUCCCGCUGUCGCAGUGCAGACCUCACCUGCUGACUGUGCUGCUGCCUGGGUUGAGCUCGCAAAGCUGCGGACACCUGGCAAGCGGCUUGCCUCACCUGCCGUAGCAGCCGACCUCAACUGGCUCAAGGAGUUCUUCUCCUAUCUUCCGCCGGGCACCCAGCCAGACGUCCUUGCGGUACAUAUCUACACAACCACUUUUGAUUCUCUGCGUGUCCAACUGGAGGAGUACCAUCGCAAGUUUGGGCUGCCCAUCAUUCUCACGGAAUUUGCGAUGACGAGCUUUGACCCAAACGUUUCCCCUCCGCAGAACAUGCAGCAGGUCCACGACUUCAUGGGCCAGGCGACCAAGUGGCUGGACGAAACCCCGUGGAUCGAACGAUACGCAUGGUUUGGAACUGUGCGCAACAGUUUCAACCUACACGGCGUGCACGAGUUCAACCGCCUUAUGGACGCGCAGGGGAACGUGACUGCUUUAGGUCAACAGUACAUCAACGGCGGUCAUGACUAG